CCUGGCGGCCCGCAGCGAGGAUCAGCGCCCCCGCGCAGCCGGAGUUUCCCGGGCACCCAUGGAGACCCAAGAGUUUUUGGGUUCAUCCCUGCUGUCCGACUCUCACAAGACAGAAAGAUCCGCUAACUCCAAAGCCCCCCACAAGCCCUUAGUAGUCAGGAUCUUCAACGUGCACAAGCCGGAGGAGCCUGACGAAGUGGAAGAGCAAGACCAGCGAGACGACUGCAACGAGAUCCGCGAGCCCCACGAACCCUCUGAGCCCCACGCUCAUACGCCCCCGGAGCCCUACGAACCCUACGAGCCUCAUGUCCGCCGCGAGCCCCGCAAGCUCCGCGCGUCACGUGAGCCCCAGAGGCCCCAUGCUCCCCACAAGCCCCACAAAGCCCAGCUGUUUCCCAACGCCGCGGUGAUGAUCUCCCCAUCUCUGAAGACCAGAUUCCUGCCACAGAUUCCUCUGUGUUUCCUGAGCGAUCCUGGUCCCUGUGACUUUGUAAGGAAAUGUUUUUUUUCUAGGAAGAGAAUCCAAGAUCUUUCUAGGCCCAAAAAACAAUGGGGAAGCCCAGAUAGAAAACUGUAUUGGGGAAAUCAAGAUCCUAUAUGCCCUGUGUCCCAGAGUGUUUUCAAGGCUCAGCUGACCAAAAGACUUGAGAACCUUGCAGAGCCCAAGAAAGUCUCCUACCAAUAUGUACCUAACAGGGCUCAAUAUUAUUACAGCUGUGGUAGAGAGUCUGUAAUCUGGGAGAUCCCCUCUACUGUACUGUUUAGAAAACCUUCCGAAAAGAUCCAGAAGCUGGCACAGCCCAACAGAUUCAAGAAAGUGCAUCUAUUAAAUAGGUUCUUCAAUGAUUACUUAAUGAGAGAUUCUCUUCAAAUCUCUGCUCCUUCUCCCCGGAUAUUACAACUCUCAAAAGCCAAAGGCGCAAAUCCAAACUAUGUUCCUCCAAAAAGUGUUGAAACCAACAUUCCAAUUUCUACCCUGGCUGCUAUUGCAACUCCAAGAAUUAUAGACCUUGCUCAUCCACGGAUCAAGAUAGAGGGUCUGUGCUAUCCAACAGAAAUAAGUGAAAAACCCAUCCAUCCUGUAUCCCAAGCUGCCUUGCUAGCCAAACCUAGCCCUCGGAUAACAGCUCUAGCUAAGGCCAAGCCCCUUCAUCAAGAUUAUUUACCCACCCGGGACCCCUACUGGAGAGUGUCUUAUGCUGCUAUCCAUUACAAAGUAUCUCCCAGAAUUCAAGAACUAGCUAAUCCAAAUACAAGUCAGCCCUUCACUGAUGGAGGAAAAGGACAGGAAGAGAAGAGCGGAGACUCUUGUGUUCAGUUCUAG